AUGAGUUCAGGAGACGAGGAUUACGAAGAGCCUACUGGGUUUGUUGUAACGGAUCGGGAACUUUUGGGCCCCGAUUCAGAGACCCAAACUCCAACAUCUGAAGGCGUAGUUACAGAUGAGCAAUUGAAAGUAGCUCAUUCAAUUGUAAGAGUAGUGAUGGCUCGAGAAGUUCGAGGAUUAUUGAUUAAAAGAGAGCAUUUCAAUGAAGCAUAUACCGAGAGAACAUCCAUGACAAGGCGAAUAAAAUUUGACACAAUAUUCCCAAUUGUACAAAAUAUAUUGGAGACUGUAUAUGGACUACAAUUAGUACGAGUGCCGUCAAAGGUUAGUGUUGGACCAUCCCAUGGAAGGAAAAGGAAGGCAAUUGAGAGCAAUUCAGAGACCUCAAGUAAAAAUAGUAAUAGUAGCAAUGGAAAUAGUGCCAGCAAUAAUAAGGUAUUUGCAUUGGUUAGUGUACUUCCAACCACUGCCAAAUCAGUUUUAGGAGAAAUUUGGGCAACCAAAUGUACUCAAAAAGUUCCAAAUGGUAGAAAUAUUUCAGAUAGGCAAUAUUUUCUUCCUAAAAACAUCAAAACAAGUACACCAAGCUCAAAUUCAGAAUUAAUUAAAACAGGUAUUAUUGCAUUGGUUAUCAGUAUUGUGAUAGUACACGAGAAUAGAUUAUCAGAGGCUGAUCUUAAACAAAAGUUGAGCAAGUUUGGACUUUCUGAGAGUAUCCACGAGCGUAACACUUCUAUAAAUAUGACAACGAUGGAGUUUCUAGGUGAAAUGACAAAAAGAGAAUACUUGAAUCGUGAGGUAACUACGAUGGAUGCAAACUUGGCGGACUAUAAACUAGGACGACGUCUGUUGGCGGAAUUCAAACCAGGCUCAAUGUUUGAUAUGUUGGAGCGAAUUUAUGGUACGGAAUUUGAUGUAGAUACGAGAAAUAGAACUUUGCGCACUAUAGAACGUGCUUAUGGUGAGGCUGUAACCGACAGUAAGCUCAGUGAGACCAUGACUAGCGAGCGGAAUACACCACAGGUCCAAUAA